CUGCAUAGCUUCAGGAUCUUCAUACUUUGUAAACAACUCGAGUCGAAAACUUUCAGCGGGGGUGAGUCCGAAUUUGACAGAAGUUGCAUUUUCUGAGACCCCAGGAUCUCUCCCUCAAGUGUCUGAUAGACUCAGGGUUUGGUUCAGUAAUGAAGGACUCGCCUGGUGAUGAAGAAAUUUCUUGCGCAUCAAUGGAUGAAAAUGGACUCAGGAGGAGAAAGACCGGGUAAUAGCUUUAUACUAAAUGGGAGUAGCUAUCACUGCAAAUGAAGGAAACUAUUCUGCGGAGAACAAUUUGAGGAAAAUGAUGCGUUUGAAAAUGUAAAAUUUGAUGAUUUUACUGGUGAGACUUUUAGGGAGAAAGAGGUAAUCGAGUUAGGUGAUGAAAAUAUUAUAACAGAAACUGGGUACGUUGGUGUCCUUACAAGUGAGAACAAUACAUCCAAAGAAGACACACAACGUGACACGAAAGACGACAAUGAUUAUAUUGAUUAUCUGGCAAAUAUUCUUUCAACAACGGGGUUCUCAAGCCCACAUUAUCUAGACAGAUCGAAAACAAGUUCAACUCGCCUAUCACAAGAUGUUAGCGGUAAGGAAAUAUCUCUUCGCCACACCACAGAAACAAUACUGUUAGAGUAACAAAUAAGAUAAAUGCUGUUGAUGUAUUAAAAGGAUCUGAGCUGUUAUCGAGACAGGAGAUAGCAAACAUCGUAAGCGGACCCAUGGAGAACAUGGAAUUAGAUAAUAGUUUAUCAGGAUUUAAAAUAAGUGGAUUGUCUGAUAAAAAAGGCCUCAUGCAAAGCACAUCAGUGGGUAGGAGGAGUAGUUAUGAACAGAUAGCGUGUAGCAACGCUAGAAAUCGAGAGACGGACACCAAGCAAGGCAAUGGUGAACGACUAACAAGUGAUACGGAAGGUAUAAGAGUUAAAGAGACGGGUGUUGAGCAACGUAAUAGUGAAAGUGUAGCAAUCGAAAUUGAUAGUGUAAGACUUCCAGAAGAGAAGCUGCAAGUCAAUGAUGAGCAGAUAGUGGUUGACAUCGCUAAAAUUCAAGUAACGGGCAUCGGGCAAGUAAACACUAAAGAAAAAAUUAUUGCUGAAAGUGCUGGAGUUCAAGAGACGUCCAUUAAGCAAGGUAUAUGUGAAAGAAUUACAAAUUAUACUGAUACUUCUAGCCUCCGAUUAGAGAAAGGCGAAGCACAAGUUAAAAAAGGGGUUUCUAUAGCAGGGCUUGGUGAGACCGAGUUAACGUUACUAGAAGACGGGGAGAACGCUGAAUCAGAAACUAAGGAAUCUAAAAUUUCUAGAAGUCCGAUAAGUAUAUCUGUUCCUGUAAAAGUCGGAGAUGAAAAAACAAAGGGAUAUGUUUACAACGUUUUAAAAAAAGAAAUAAGCAAUAAUUCAGAAAGUGACUACAGUGUCAUCAAUAGAAGUAAAACGAUACCAUUGCUGAAGAAAGGCAAUUUCCAUAUUACAAAAUUUCCUAAAAGAUCCUGGCGAGCUAUAAUGACAAGUAAAAAGGAUGGUUUUUUAGAGCUAAAGACCUCAACACCUCAAGAGGAUAGGGAAGACGAGGAGGGCAGGCGACAGAAUGAGAAUCAAAGGGAAGGCAAAAUGGCAAAACACACACGGAGAUUAUCCAUUGCAAGGCUGCAAGCGCAAUUGAAACUUCGAACACAGAAGUUUGAAAAUAAAAGACUAAAUUUGCCGGGUUUUGGAGAGGACAGAAAUGAGCUAUCCGAUGAGCAAACAUCGAUAUCACUUAGUGACUACGACGCGUUCUCACGAAGGCCGUCGGCAUUACCUUCACCGGUGCGCCAUGCGUCAAUAGACAGUCAAAGCUCCAAUGUACCCUUCAUGACGGAGGACUUAUUUAAAUAUUACGAGCGCAAAAACUUGGGCCAACAGAAAGAGAUAAAGAAAAAAUUCCGUGCGAGCAUAGCAGAAGCCAAGAAGACGUUACUUGAAGCAAGGAUCCUGGCCCAAGAACAGACAGCAGCGAAGAGAUUCGAGGAAGCUUCCAGAAAACAUCGAAGUCUCCAGCGAUUACGUGCAGCCAGGAGAGACGAAGAGUCCACCUCACCAGGAGCGGAGAUUAAAUCCCAAAAACAUGUCCUCCGGACACAGAGGUUCAAGCAGGAGACACUUACAGCUGAGAUGAGCAAGAAGAAUCAACAGGAGAUGCGUGAGGUUCGUAAGGUCCAGUCGGAGAUGGAUAGAGCCAAAGCCAAGCGAUUACAGACGCUGAUCAAGCUACAGACUAAUGUGCACGAGCUGGUCAAGACCGAGGCGUCUACUGUCGACCCAAACAUCAAGGUAAAGCUUCGAAAGAGAAAAGACUCAGAGCGCAUCGAAAGAUACGAGGUGGAAUGUCUAAUCUCUGAGCUCAGAUGUCUCAAUCUUCACGACUACGCCAAACAUCUAUUACAAACGCUACGGAACAAGGAUGAGAUGGAGGUUAACCUGAGGGAGGAACUGAGAAACGAGCGGAAGCGAAUGGCGGACUUGGCAAAAAAACAGAAGCAGGAGGAGCAAGAAAGGCUAAGAGAGGAGGAGAGGCAGAGAAAGCUGCAGGAGAAAGAGCGGCUUGCUAGAGAGAAGCGAGAAAGGGAGGAAGAAGAAAAGAAAAGAAGAAAGGAAGAGGCGGUCAAGCGUAGAGAACACAAUAUGAAGUUCUGGGAUAGUUACACCGAAUCCGUCCUGGCGACGGAGAUAACUCGAUCAUUCACCUUCUCAUUCCUCCCUGCCCUCAAACAGAACAAAAAGAAAGAUAAGGAGGAAGCCCGUGAACUACCUGCGCGCUUAAAAACCGUCGAGUCUAGGUAUAUGCAAUCACGACAUCAUAACAAAUAACAUCCCGUCUGAUGGGUGUGUGCACAAAAUGUGACGCCAUGCUUAUCUAUAUUCAUAUACGACACAAAAUGUCUACACAUUUCAUUGUGUAGCUUGGCAGUGAAAAAAAGGUGAAGAAGUCGUUAAUUUCAUAAAGUUUGCCCGGGGGGGGGGGACUUCGAGAAAAACAGACAGGGGUGCUCGACAGCAAAAUAAUUUUUAACCCUAAGGGAUAGCACUAAGGGCGUGGUCAACAACAAUUCUUACCCCUAAGAGAUAGCACAUUGGGUGUUGUCGAAGGAAUUUUUAACCCUCAGAGAAAGCAUUAAAAAACAAUGCUCGUUUUAAUUGGCUAAUGGAUCCUGUAUUUUUAUGUUACCGACAAAAGAGUCGAAAAUAUUAACCGAUUAGUUGACUUGUGGUUUACUGUAAAAUACGUUUCGAGCAAUUGGGCCACCAUUUAGCGUGAGACACCCUAAAAGAUAGCAGAAUCGGAAAAAUCCUCCUCCCCCUGCGUGAAAACCCCUAAAAGAUAGAAGAAUCGGAAAAAUCCUAAACCACCCCCUAAGAGAUAGCAGUUGGUAAUUAUUUUGUACCCUAAAAGAUAGGUCGUGCACCCCCGUCUACUUUUCUGGAGAGUCCCCCAGGGAAAGUUUGCCUACAAUGAUGAUGUCCUGGUUCAUAUUUCAAGCUAACUUCUUCGACAAUCGGAAUUUAGGUGAUUUAUAUAUUAUCAUCUUUUACAGAUCUAUUUGUCUUACUUACCACCCAAUUCUUUUACAAUAGAGAAUUUAUAUAAUAAUAUAAAAAUAAAAUCCAUGAAGCCAGUUUUUCAGUAUUGAAGAUGGUGAUGGAGAAGAAAGCAUAGAUGGGAGAUGAAUGCAUGUGUGAAAAUUGCAUGAAAUUAAUUAAGUGAAGCAAAAAGAAACUAUUCCCUAAUUCCCUUCUUGUACCCCCUGAUUUUUGCACACAGAGUACAUGAGUACCGGGUACACAGAGUACAUGAGUACAGGGUCACAGAGUACAUGAGUACAGUGUACACAGAGUACAUGAGUACCGGGUACACAGAGUACAUGAGUACAGGGUACGCAGAGUACAUGAGUACCGGGUACACAGAGUACAUGAGUACCGGGUACACCGAGUACAUGAAUACAGGGUACACAGAGUACAUGAGUACCGGGUACACAGAGUACAUGAGUACAGGGUACGCAGAGUACAUGAGUACAGGGUACACAGAGUACAUGAGUACAGGGUACACAGAGUACAUGAGUACAGGGUACACAGAGUACAUGAGUACAGGGUACACAGAGUACAUGAGUACCGGGUACACAGAGUACAUGAGUACAGGGUACACAGAGUACAUGUCUAUGAUAUAUGAAAAAAGGUAUGUACUAUUUACCUACUUAUGAGCUUUUCUUUUAUCAAAACCAUCAGACAUCAUGGUUCAUCAGGAAAGCAAUCUCCUUUUUCUAGACACACUUCCUGUUCUCCUGUACACAAAAGGGAAAACCCUUAGUUCAUGAGGAACACUAAGUCUACAAGGAACUUUUAGAUCAGACUUAAAGAAUUUAGAUCUAUUUUUUUUCCUCAAAUCCGUCCAAGGAGAAGUGGGGUAACUUCCCCCUAGACCAAAACUGCUAAUGGCUUUCACCAAUAGGCAACUAUAGUGCACGACUGAAAACACAGAAAUGGAUGUGCUUGUCAAACCAGAGAGCAUUAAAAAAAAUAAAAUCCUUCACACUUAA